GAUAGAUACGAAUCCCAAUCCACAACCCAAACCCCACACAAAAAGUCCUCGGGUCAGCUCGGUCACGAUCAAAAUAUGAGUACCACAGACCCGAGGAAUUCUGAAGAGGGGAUACGAGCGCAGAAGGAGAGGGGAGAACAUAAUACGGAGAAUUUUCGAUACGGACAGACAGUUUCUGAGGGUGGGAUGAGUGGGUUUACGAGCAAUCAGAGUGGGGAGGCGGAU